UUCAUACUCUGUUUUAACCCCAUUGUACAGCUGUGACUAUUAUAAACACAGACUAUCGCAAGGGAUGCAUACUAAAUAUCGAGAGUAAAACCGAGGAUCCUCAAGAUGACACAGCUUUAUUUACUGUUUUGAGUUUUACGCAUCACAGAGAGAAUCGUGAAGAUGAGCUGCUGCUCGGGGAGAUGCGUGCUGAUGUUCCUCUGCGCCCUUCAGCUGAUCACUGGAGUGGAGAGACAGGUGUUUGACUUUCUGGGGUACCAGUGGGCGCCCAUCCUUGUCAACUUUCUGCACAUCCUCGUAGUGAUUUUGGGCUUGUUUGGAGCAGUCCAGUAUCAGCCUCGUUACGUUAUAUUGUAUAUAGUCUGGACUGUGUUUUGGGUGACUUGGAAUGUCUUCAUCUGUUGCCUGUAUUUAGACCUUGGAGGGAUUUCCAAGGAAAGCAACUAUCUGUCAUUGGGACUUUCCUCUUACCAUUCAUGGUGGAAGGACAACGGUCCAGGCUGUGAGAACAAAAACCUCCAGACCACUAGAUGGCAGCAUCUGGACAGUCCUGCGCUGGUCACUGACAUGAGCUGCAUGUUAGAGUAUCAGUAUAUUGAGGUUAUGCACAGCGCAGUGCAGAUCUUCAUCUCUGUUCUGGGAUUUGUGUUUGCCUGCUAUGUCGUCAACAUCUUCAAUGAAGAGGAAGACACAUAUUUGUAUAAGUGACAGUGUCCAGAUGUCACCAGCAUCCCAAGAGUGAACACUGAGUGAGGAAAGAGAGCAGGAAAAAUUAAAGCUACUACAAGAAGGGAAUAAAACAGAAAUCAGAUGGAUACCAAGUUAUGUAUAUAUUUGCAUAAAUAAAACAUUAUGAAUAAAUUAAGAAAUAAGAGUGAUGCAGCCAAACACCGCUCUUACAAACCUGGAAAUUCAGGUGUGUCUCUGUGUGUGUAAGUGGAAUGAAAGAUGAGUCAAAGACUCUUCAUGGAACCAUCAAUGCCAAUAAAGAUCCUUUAUUUUCUCAGUAAAGCGUGUUUUAUGACUGAACAUGCUGAACUUCUCACUACCUACCUCUGUGAUUCUUUCAUUUUUUUAAUUGUGUUUUCUGUUUAAGUCUGUGGCAUAUAAUUUUUUUUCAAAUGUUGUGUAUUUUGAAUAUUUUUAUAUCAUUUUUAAGUUAUAUUAUAGAUAUUAUGCUCAGUUUAAUAGUUUUUGUUGGAGAUUAAAUGGAGAUGGGUGAAUUGCUUUACCUGUACUCUUGCCAGUACAGAGCUCAAUGCUGUUAAAUCUUUAAUGAUCAGCAUCUGUCUUCUUAUAUUAUCGCAUAACAUAAGCCAUAUUUGUGUGAGUGUGUAUGGGAGAGCAAUUACAGUAUCUGCAUGGUCUGUGGCCAAAGAAAAACAUUGUGUAAAUGCAAGUGAUCAUAAAAUUACGACUGUAUUUUAAAUGUUGACUGUUGUAAAUCGUGUCAUAUUUUCUUAAUUUAUUUGUGUACUUAAUAAAUGUUUGUUGAAAU